AAAAGGGCUUUAAAAAUGAAACCGGCGGUACGGUUGCAGCACGGCGUUAGCGGGUUGGAGCCGUUGGCCUGGUCGGAGGAUCACCGGGUGUCGGUGAGCACGGCCCGCAGCAUCGCCGUCCUGGAGCAGCUCAGCGACGUCCACAGCGGGGGGCAGGAGAUGGUCAUCCACCGCACCGCCGUGCCCGCGCCCUCCGCCGCCUGUCUCCUCAAGGUUGGUCCAAAAAAGGAGGUAGCAGAAUGUAAGGAAAAGUUCGCAAGUUCAGUGGAUCCAACGGUUAGUCAAACUUUUAUGCUAGACCGAGUGUUCAAUCCUGAGGGGAAGUCAUUGCCACCUAUGCGAGGAUUCAAGUAUUCCAGCUGGUCACCGCUCGGCUGCGACGCAAAUGGAAGGUGCCUGCUUGCAGCUUUAACCAUGGACAAUCGAUUGACCAUCCACACAAACCUCAACAGACUGCAGUGGGUGCAGCUGGUGGACCUGACACAAAUCUAUGGGGAGCGUUUGUAUGAAGCCAGUUACAAACUUUCUAAGGCUGACACUCCCAGGGGAGAACUAGGAGACUUCUCUGAAUUUCAGCGACGGCACAGCAUGCAGACUCCAGUGCGGAUGGAGUGGUCGGGCAUCUGCACCACUCAGCAGGUUAAACACAACAACGAAUGCCGGGAUGUUGGUAGUGUGCUCUUAGCAGUACUCUUUGAAAAUGGUAACAUUGCAGUUUGGCAAUUUCAGCUUCCAUUUCUGGGUAAGGAAUCCAUUACUUCUUGCAAUACCAUAGAGUCCGGAAUAAAUUCCCCAAGUGUGCUAUCUUGGUGGGAAUAUGAACAUAACAACCGAAAGAUGAGUGGGCUUAUUGUAGGGAGUGCUUUUGGACCAGUUAAGAUCCUUCCUGUCAAUCUGAAAGCAGUCAAAGGCUACUUUACGCUCAGACAACCCGUAGUCUUAUGGCAAGAAAUGGACCAGUUACCAGUGCAUAGUAUCAAAUGUAUUCCUCUUUACCACCCCUACCAGAAAUGUAGUUGUAGCUUAGUGGUGGCUGCAAGAGGAGCUUAUGUGUUUUGGUGUCUGCUCUUGAUAUCCAAAGCAGGUCUGAAUGUCCAUAAUUCCCACGUGACGGGGCUUCAUUCUUUGCCAAUUGUAUCUAUGACGGCAGACAAACAGAACGGCACGGUGUAUACGUGCUCCAGUGACGGAAAGGUAAGGCAGCUGAUUCCUAUAUUCACAGAUGUUGCUUUAAAGUUUGAGCACCAGCUGAUUAAGCUCUCAGAAGUGUUUGGCUCUGUCAGGACUCACGGAAUAGCUGUUAGCCCAUGCGGUGCAUACUUAGCAGUUAUUACGACAGAGGGCAUGACGAACGGUCUGCACCCAGUCAACAAAAACUACCAAGUUCAGUUUGUAACCCUUAAGACUUUUGAGGAGGCAGCUGCGCAGCUCUUGGAAUCUUCUGUUCAGAACCUUUUCCGGCAAGUGGACUUGACAGAUCUUGUACGCUGGAAAAUUUUGAAGGAUAAGCAUAUUCCUCAGUUCUUACAGGAAGCACUGGAUAAAAAGAUUGAGAGUUGUGGUUCUACUUACUUCUGGCGGUUUAAGCUAUUUCUCCUGAGGAUUUUGUACCAGUCAAUGCAGAAAGCUCCCUCGGAGGUCAUGUGGAGACCUUCACAUGAGGAUGCAAAAAUCUUGAUAUCAGAUUCCCCUGGGAUGGGCAGCACUGAGGAUGAUCAAGAGGAAGGGACUUCUAAACAAGCCAGCAAGCAGAGCCUAUGUGACACAGGCAAAGGUAUGGACAUAGAUGACACUGCAGAUGAUUCUCUUCCUCAGUCAAGUGACAUAGGAGGCCGCGAGCCAAUGGAGGAAAAGCUUCUUGAAAUACAGGCACAAAUUGAGGCAGUAGAAAUGCACUUGACACGAGAACACAUGAAACGGGUGUUGGGAGAAGUUUAUCUACACACAUGGAUUACAGAGAACACCAGUAUUCCCACCAGAGGAGUCUGUGACUUCUUAAUGUCCGAUGAUGGCUAUGAUGACAGAACAGCACGAGUGCUGAUUGGGCAUAUCUUAAAGAAAAUGAACAAACAGACUUUUCCAGAGCACUGCAGCUUGUGUAAAGAGAUCCUGCCAUUCACUGAUCGCAAACAGGCAGUCUGCUCCAAUGGACAUAUUUGGCUCAGGUGCUUUCUAACCUACCAAUCCUGUCAGAGUUUGGUAUACAGGAGGUGUUUGCUUCACGACAGCAUUGCACGGCAUCCAACCCCAGAAGAUCCUGAAUGGAUCAAGAGGUUAUUGCAAGGACCUUGCACGUUCUGUGAUUCUCCUGUGUUCUAGAGAAAAGCUAUGUAAAGAUUGAAAGUAUUUUCUCUGUGGCAUAAGCUCCCUUCAGUCUCGAAGGAUAUAGAACAUAAGAAUACAGACUUUACUAGAGGGGGAAGACGUUGUCCACAGCCCUGUAAAUAGAACAUCGGAGGCUGUAGAAACCCCUUAAAUCCAGAGCCCGUUCCAUGCUCCAGAAACAGGAGUACAUCUGGAAGAAUGAGUUUAUAAGGCGGUUUGGAAAUGCACCCCAUUGAAGCAUCAGCAGCUGGACAGGCUUCCUCUUACUGGAAAGGAACUGAAGUCUUAAGCACGCAGUGUGAACUGUCCUUCGUGCCUGACAAGUGUGUGAUUUCCCCAAAGCUGGGACGGGAACAGUGGAGCUGCCUCUUGAAUGGUCUUGGUGGGUAGAGAAGGCUUCAGCCUGUAGUGCUCUCGUUUGCUUUUUAACAAGCACUGGCACUCGCUGCAGAAUAUUAAACUAUCAAAAUAAUUUGUGGUUCUAAUUUCUCACAGAGUGAAGCAUGUGCCAGUUACAGCCAUAUGAAAGAAAUUGGCCAUUAUAUUAGUUUCACUUGAAGUCUAGAAGAAUAACUGCCUCUUAACUGUUGUAACAAUAUUGCAGUCAGAAGGGUAAUAUUGGCUGCCUGGGUCAAAUAACAGAUCAGUAAGAAUAACUUUUAAAUGUAAUAAUUAUUAAACUAAUAGCAAUUAGAUUAAACACUAACCUAAUUUCCAGUGCUUUUAAGUCUCAUGCCCCACUUUCUUUUUCUGACCUAAGUUCUAACUACUUCCUAGCUUUUGCCAAUGUAUAUGCCUUUUGUUUCACUUUACCACCAGGAAUCAUCUUUUCCAGUGUAACUCGGUUAACAAAAACAUUACUGAUUUACCUUAUUUUCAGUUGAAUUGAGAGUUUCCCUCAUACAGUAGCUGAGUUUUACAGAAGUUUGACACACAAGUAAUCACUCCCAGCUGACAGUUUCUCUCUUCAUAAUAAUGCAGUAAAGAAAAAAAACCCAAACCAAAACUCCACCAUGGCUAAUGUGUUAUAGGUAGAGUUUCCACCAGUGGUCAUGGAGUCUGGUGAAGCUAUUCAUAUAUAACUUUGACAUUCUCAUCAAGAGAUUCAUAAAUACGCCAAUGAUGUAGCAUGGCUAAGCCCAGAAAUUUAUUCUGCCUUCUAACUGUCCUAUCAUAAUAAAACCAUCUUUCUCUCUUUGGCAUCUAGUUCCUAUGGGGAGCAGGAGAAUCCUUUUGAACUUCCUAUGCAGUGUUAGAGGAAUAAUACCUCCAAAAUGUGUGUGGUUAUCUGGUACAGUUUGUCUUGUUAACUUAAAUCCAUGUUGUCAAAUAAUCCAAAGUUUAUGUAUUUACAUUCUUCAGAGUACCAAUCUGGACACUCGGAUAAGUUGCCCUGUUUGUGAUCAUGACACUUCUAAUUGUGUAUGGAGUGCUCUACAGCUGUUUGAGAAAUCAAGGAAUCGUCCUGGCAGUAUCAGUCUCCAACAAUGCAUGUGUGGAUUGGUGCUUAAGUUUCCUUGAUUCAAUGACUAUGCAUAUUUUCUUAAUGUUCCUUCACCUUUAGUAGGAGCAAAUUUUUUUCAGCUAACGUUAAAACAAGUCAGCUGUCCUUACUAUUCAGUGUUUCAUGCAUUAAGCGUGAUAGUGCUUCGACUGAAAAUAAUAUUAAUAUAGUAGCCUAGAACAGCGGAAGCACAUUCAUCUGUAAAAUAAUUAGCCUUGUUUGUAAAUAUCCUUGGAAGUGAUACCAUAACAUUAAAGAAAUGUUUAGUUUUUUAUUGCUGUGCAUUGAAAAUUGAAAUUACUUCAGUGUGUCUGCAAAGAAAGAAAAUGUAGAUCGUGUUAUCACCUAGUAAAACAAAGAGUAACCUUGAUACCCAGCGUGUGCGUAGUUUGGGGCCAGGUACUGUACCUGGGGCAGCAUUUGUCUUCUUCCCAGUGCUGAUGGGGUUUGCGGGGAACAGAACAUCAAUUUCCAGUAUGAGCUGAACAGGUUUGUUCAUGGGGGUAGGGAAAACAUUUUAAGUGGAAGCUGCAAGUCCUUGUCCAAGGCAGUCCUAACCAGUUCAUCAGCGAGGAAGUGUUCGAUUCAGAAGUUCAUCUGACUAUGGAAAAAGGUGAGAGAGCUCUCCAGAACCAUGUGUAAAUGCUUUAAAAAAAAAGUCAGCAUUUCUUUGAUAUUGGCUUAGAAACCAUAAUAAUAUUCUGAUCCACUGAAAUGUUUAAGUCUGACUGACCAAAAGGUUCAGCUUGGUAUCAUUAGAUUAAUUCCUGGUGAUUAUUUCUAGCAGUUAUCUUGAAUUUCCCUGGAUUGAGUUUUAAUGCUUUAGACAUGUAGAAGCUCUAGUACACCUAGCAUUAAUGUUGCAGCAUUAAUGUUUAUUUUCCUUGUCUUUCAAGGCAGUAGACACUCAGUAUACCAUUGCCAGUUUAUUUAACCUGAUUUAUGACUGCUGGGAGAAUGGAAUUUUAAAGCCAAUGAUGUCGGCUUUGUCUGCAUGCCAGUGGAGAUCCUUUAGCACAAAGCUUUCACUUCUCACCCUGACCCAUUCACAACAGGUAAAGAGGUAUUGUAAUUUUUUUUUUUUUUUAAACCAUCACUGGUCCCUAAAGUGUAUUUUUAACUAGUGUAGGCUUGAAUAGUAUAGCACGCCUCAGACCAGUAACAUUUAACCUCUGAUGCUGAUCUUACUGGAUUUUUCUGCCCAGCUAGCAGCGGAGACUUCCUUCAGGAAACCUUUUAUCUGUCUUGGACUCAUGACUUGCAGUUCUGGGAAUGUGGAGGAUUGUGAUACUUGCUCUUGCAUCUGAGAAUUAAUAGCCAGAGAUGCUGUGUUCUGUGUCUGAAGCUAAGGCGUCAUUGUCCUUGAUAAGUAGCUUCUGAUAGCAUUUAAGAUUUGCUACUCGCGCUGAUAACAAGAGUUAAUCCCUCCUCCACUGGGAUGAAGAAAUCCAGGCUAAUCAGGUUUGAUGGAUAAGCAGAACAGCUCUGGCCUGUACAGCUUCUUAGUGCCUUGGUGCUAGAUGCCAUUGUCUGAACUAAGGUGAAAGUUUGGGCUCAUGAGUAUUCUGUCUUGGGUCUGCAAACUACACCUCCUGCUCUGGAAUUGGUGACAGUGGAACUCAUUGCUGCCUUUUACCUUAAUUCAGCUAUGGGUUGGGGACUUAAUCAUUCAAUCAUCCUUUCCUUUUGUAUGAUCCCCCAUUCUAUUAAUCCUAUUGUAUAUUUCUAGAGAGGAAAUAUUAUGGUUGCCAAUGCAUACAUAGAGGCAAUAAAUAUUUCCCUGAUUUUCUUAAACUUACCAGGUUUUCCACUAGCUAAUGUAUCAUCAGUGAUUAUGCGCAGCAUAACACCGUUUAUUCUAUCCUUAUUAAGGGUUUCUUGACAUAAAAGAACUGAACACAAACAUUUAUAGUCCUAGUUAAAAGCUAACAAAUCACACUUGUGCUGUUAUGCCCUAAACUAACAUUUACAGGAGACUUGUUUGUACAAGUUUAAUUUCUCAAAUACAGAGCCCGCCCUUUAUGACCCACGCAGUUUGUGAAGCAGCGGGCAGCCUUGCAGGCACAGCUGCUGGACUCUCAGUUGCCGCUUACAGGUACGGCCUCAGAGAGAGAACGAGGAAGAGAACCUAACCCUGCUCCUCAGAGCCCUCACCAUGGAGCAGGUCGGGGAUAAUCACUGAAGCCGUUGCUCUUUUGCCAACAUCUAAACUUUGUGUGUGAGACAGAUGUGCAAGGCCAGUUAGAUGUGCCUACCAGUAGAUUAUCUUCAGGACAGUGGCUGCGGGAAGAGGAAGGUACCUCUUCAUUCUCUCUUGUCUGUCUUUCUGCUGAGUGGAGCUGUAGGUAUGUCAGUGAGAGGCCACCAUGUGCCUGCUUCCUACUGUCAGUCAUGCUGAAGUGCUUGCUGGCAUUUUACAACCUAAUACAUGCUGGGUUUUGAAUUCUUUCUGGCAGUCACCUUGUGUGUAGUUAGUAGCAGUCCAAUACUUAACAAUAUAAUAAACUUCAAAAUUUGUCGCAGAGCACUAGUUCCUAUUUUUGCAGCUGGAAGUAAGGGUAACAGCAGUCUUAGCCUCAAAGUGUUGGUAGUCAUGGCAAAAGUCAGAUUUAUAAGCAUCUAAAUUAUCUGGAAGAAGGUGUUUAUGAGUUCUCAGUGCAUAAAGGUGAAAUGGUCAGAGUAGUUACCAAUCCUACGUCUGUCCUCAUCCUCCUUUUGUAUUCCCUUUUGAAGCUUUCUGUAUCAUCAGGCCUGUAAACGCACAAAUUAUGCUGGUUAUACUCCAGACUUGCAUUGAAGCAUGUAGGGUUUAUUCUUUAACCAGAACCAGUACAAAUGUCUGCGUGGAGAUGCCUGCUAGUUUACAGCUCCACUGGUGAAUACCAGGUUGAAAGCUGCUUUUUUCCCCUCCAUGUGGGUAAACAAGGACAACUUGAGCUUGGCUCUAUUCAUCUGCAGUCCUGUCCUAGCUGUCGAAGGUGCAGGAAUCUUAACAAGACAGAGUCGAGCCUUCUCUUCGAAGUCUCAAUCCAGGAUAGGUUUUCACAACUUUUAGAGGUUAGUAUGUGUGUACAGCAAUGCCCACAGAGCUUUAGUUUUCACCUCUAACGGAGGAGGGCCGUGUAUACAUACUCAGAUUUCUGUCUGUGCUAAUCUUUGGCUGUACUCGUUUCUAACUCAUAUUUACACUGGAGAUGUUCCCAGACCCUCAGUGUCAGCUGAAAUAUUCUUAUUCUGUCACUAUUUUUUCAUGCUAACUCAGUUUUAGCACUCUUCACUUGAAAGACCUGGAACUUCUGCUGCUUGGUCAUGAUCUGGGUAGUGACCUCAGGAGUGUCACAGCUGCCUGUGGAUGAUUGUUUUCAUUGUUGCAAUGCAGCUGUCGCAUGGGGCACUUGCUAGCAUUAACUACACUACAGUUUGGGGCAGAAAGCAGAGUAAUUCCCUGUACUGUCCUAGGCUACAGCUGAAUCAAACCAAAAUGUGAAUGUUUGGAGCACCUUCAUCACAGGAGGACUCGCGCACUGCUGAGAGCCUACAGCAGGAGUUACGGGGCUGUGCCAGCCCUGCAGCAUUCUUUAACAUGAAACUGGGAGGCCAGCCCUGAAAAGGGAAAACCCAAGAGCCAUCCAAAUGGAACUGUUCAGAGGAGAGUUUAAUUUAAUUGCUCCGCUAAUGUAGUUGAUAUCUUCAUGCUACUUUAAUUCCGUUCUGGGGUGCGAGUGUUGUAGCUGGCUGACCACGUGGUCAUCAGGCUGAAUGAAAAGCAAAGUUGAGUUUUAAUCUUUAGUUUCCAGAUUUUUCCUUUGAGACUUUGUUCAUGGGAGGGUCUGACAAAGUUGCUGUGAAUAUUGAUGCUGUGUAUAUGGCACAUUUUGUAAAC